AUAAAAUCCAAACCGUUUGAAUCCCACACUUGGAUAAUCUUCUUUAAAAGGAUUUCAAGAAGGAGGAUUUUCUACUUUUGAUCAUCAGCCAUGGCAGCUAAUCUCACCUCAGCAACGGCUGUCAUGACAUCUCUCCCUCAAUUCAAUGGCUUGAAGCACCAACCAUCCAUAGUUCAUACAAAGGCCAAGGCAUUAGUUCAACCUCUAAGGUACAAGGGAAAGGGAGCUCUUGGUGCUCGCUGUGGCUUCAUCGGCUCACCUACCAAUGUGAUAAUGGUGAUUUCGACAAGCGCCAUGUUGUUUGCUGGGAGGUUUGGAUUAGCCCCAUCAGCUAACAGGAAGGCCACUGCUGGCCUGAAGCUUGAAGCGAGGGACUCUGGCCUACAGACUGGGGACCCAGCCGGUUUCACCUUGGCUGAUACCUUGGCUUGUGGGUCGGUGGGCCACAUCAUUGGGGUUGGAGUUGUUCUGGGCCUCAAAAGCACUGGUGUACUAUAAAAUGAUCUACUAGUCCCUUUUCAUUUUAAAGAUGUGGAUGAUUUCUCCUUGUGGCAUCUGGGCCACCUCCUUGGUUCACUUGCCUUUUGUUUUGGAUGUAUAUGUAUGGCCACCCUGCAAUUUGGCUAUUCGACUUGUGGGGCCCAAGAUGGACCGUUCCUCU